UUUGAAAGUCCCCAGCGGAAGCAGUGUUUUCCAUUAGCCCGGCUGCCUCCGGCUGAGCUGCUCCAGUGUCAGAGGCUCAGUUUGUCUUUUAUCAACAAGAGGACAAUUAAUCCACACUUUCAAACAUGUCGAGAGAAAGACAGUGACCGAGACACCGACGAGGAAUGAAUUGAAAACCGCUCCAAACCCAACAUGGCGAUCAGGGAGCUCAAAGUCUGUCUCCUGGGGGACACUGGUGUAGGGAAGUCCAGCAUUGUUUGCCGGUUCGUUCAGGAUCACUUUGACCACAACAUUAGUCCCACCAUAGGAGCAUCGUUCCUGACCAAAACAGUUCCAUGUGGACACGAACUGCACAAAUUUCUGAUCUGGGAUACAGCAGGACAGGAAAGGUUCCACUCCUUAGCUCCUAUGUACUAUAGAGGAUCGGCUGCUGCUGUCAUUGUCUACGACAUAACUAAACUGGACUCUUUCCAGACACUGAAGAAGUGGGUGAAGGAGCUGAAGGAGCACGGUCCAGAGGACAUUGUCGUAGCCAUAGCUGGAAACAAGAACGAUUUAGGAGACAUCAGGGAAGUUCCAAUGAAAGAAGCGAAGGAGUUUGCUGAAUCAAUUGCAGCUAUUUUCAUCGAGACUAGCGCCAGAAAUGCUGUCAAUGUCGAGGAGCUCUUUCAGAAAAUCAGUAAACAGAUUCCACCUCUGGAAAACCCUGAGGUGGACAGCAACGAAUCCUUCCAACUCACCCGGCAGCCCGCUCUGUCUGCCAGGAGAUGCUGCUAGUACCAACAGAGGAGAUGACUUCCUUCAGCGUCAGGGACCCCACCAGCACUGCUCAUCGUCCACAACAUGCACGGUGUCUAACUCCAGGUGAAAGACAGGCCUGUGCACAGACAGAUAGCACAUGUGGUUCACCUGCAACAUGAAACAGAAAACCUGCCAGCAGUGUUAAUAUGGGUUGUUAGGAAGGAGGAAACAUUCAGUUUGUCCCCCCCAGGUGGUAUUUUGCCUGCAUUACAUAAAAUGUUUUGCGAUUUAAUACAUAGCCCAUUACAAAAGGCAGUUUUAUCCCUCUAUCUUUAUUAAUUUUAAAGUUUAACACAAAGUAUUUACAAGUCACCUGAGGAGCUCACUAAAGCUGGGCUUUGGCUGCUGAUGCACCUACAGUUUUAUUGCAAGAGUCAACUGCUCUGCAGAUUUCACUGUGGCUCUUCAAUUGCACAAACACAUUUAAUGAACAUUUUUAUAUUGAUUUUGUAUUAUCAAGUCUACACUUUUGCUUCUCGUGGAGCUUUUGUGUUUGUGUCUGUCUCUCGUAUAUAUUAUUUUUUCUUUAGAUUAUUUCUAUAAGAGGAUGUUGAGGUCGAACUUCGGACGGGAAUUUAGUUGUGUAGGUCAGAUGCCUUACGGCUUUACAUUCCACUCCUUUGUCCAUCUGCUGCGUAAGUGUUUGACUGUACUGCUGCAGAAUAACCAGCUUAGAGGCCUUAAUUGUAUUUGCGGUGUGAUACCCCCUGUUCAAACACUGUGACCAAUGCUAGGAUUGUUUACAUAGUGAUUUGUUAAAGAUGUUUUUCCACAUGCUUAAGUGUGUUGUCUUGAGAUUUCACUACAGGAAAUGACUGUAUACAACUGCCAAACAUAAGAAGUAUCUCUACCUGAAAAAGAGUCACAUUUAAUACUGUUUGGAACUGAAAAGACCUGCAUGUAUUUUAUUCUUAAUGUGUCUGCAGCUGUUGGAGUUUUUAAAAAAAGGUUGUGUUUUGUGUAUACUAACCAAAAUCGAUAAGAAUUAUGAGAAUAUAUUCGUGCAAAAAAGUGGAAAUGUGCUAACAAUGAAAGUCCCUUAGCAAAAUUAUCAAAAAUGAGAUUAUGUGCCGUUUCUUUUGCAGUAUUGCUCUUGGAUUUGACCACUCGAGAAAUUUAUAACAGCACUUUUGCUAAAUUUACCACAGUAUUAGUUACAAGUUUUUUUAAAUGUUGAAAGUUACAGUUACGUCAUAACAAUAGUGAUUGAUAGGUGGAAAUGGACAACGUGGAUUUAAAUGUUAUCAGUAUUCUGGUUCCACAUUUCAUUACCUUUUAAAACCAUGUUUACAUUUAUUCUUUGUCAGUUUAGAAAUUUUUUUAUUUUAUCCACUCUUAUGGGUUAGAGGAGCUCAGUUAAUAAUGCAGUUGUAGUCUAGUUUUACCAACAGGUACUGUUCCAUGUUUGCAAAGUCCCACCGAACUGCAUUCAACAAUCUACCAAUUAAUUUGUCUUUGCUUUCUGGGAAAAACAACCAUCCAGUACGUUACAACCAGAAUGUGAUGCAGAGUAUGUCAAAGUUUACUAGCAGUUCAACCUAAUGAUUUUUUUUUAAUGCAAUCUGGAAUGACCUCACUUCCACACUGACAGACAAGGACAUAUUCAGAAAAGACUUUUCAUGUGAGGUUACUUGUUGCCAUUUCCAACAAGAACUUUAUGUCCUCCAAACAAGUGCCUUUGUUUUUCUAAACAAAUUUGUCAUGGCUAAAAAGUGCAUCCUGCAAGAAUAAUGCAUGAAUUACUAAAUCUGUACAGACUAUCUGCACGUAUAACAGAUAACAGACAGUUACCUGCAGCAAUCCUUAGACUGUAUGCCUCAAGUCAUGCUUCCCUGUAUCCUCUUUUUAACUUUUGUAUAUUAAUCAAUGUAAUAAAGAAGUAAUUAUUCUA